AUUGAAAUACUAUUUUAUAGUGUUUUUGCUAUUCCUACAAACUUACAUUGAUCAUCAAAAUGAAGUUUAAGUUGGUUGUUUGGAUACUAAUUGUUAAUUUCAUAACAUGUGCUAUAUCGACAGAAGAAUUGCAAUUCGUGACUGUUGUUUUUCGUCAUGGAGAUCGUACACCAGUCGAAGAUGAAACUUACCCAAAUGACCCGUAUUUACAUGAUGAUUAUCAUCCGCUAGGAAAAGCACAAUUGACUGCUAAAGGUAAACAACGAGUGUAUCAAUUAGGACAAACAUUACGUACUCUCUACAACGAUUUUCUGGGCGAUAUUUACAUUCCAAAAAAUCUGGUAGCUCUGAGUACAGGUACCACCAGGACACGGAUGUCAUUGCAGCUCGUUGCAGCUGCACUUUAUCCUCCAAAAGGCCCACAAGUUUGGAAUGAAUCUUUAAAUUGGCAGCCAAUUCUCACAUCUUAUAUUCCGCAAGAUAAAGAUAUUUUUUUGAAAUCUUUUACUUGUUCCGAAUAUCUAGAAGAAUUUAAAAAAGUAAAAGAGUUGCCUGAUGUGAAAAGUGAAAUGGAACAAUUUCGCCCUCUUAUGCAAAAUAUUUCGGCAGCGACUGGAAAAGAAAUAACAACGUUUUAUCAAUUAUUUCUUUUGUCUAAUGGAUUAACAGCUUUAGCUGGAUUAGAACGUCCACUUCCCAAGUGGUCUGAAGGAAUUUUUCCUGAUGGUCCGCUCCUUGAUGCCGUAAAUUUUGAGUAUAAAAUAAUAUUUUACAAUGAUAAACUGAAAAAAUUGAGAAGUGGUCGACUGCUUCGGAAUAUAACUGAUACAAUGAAAGAUAUAGUUAAUGGAAAACCUAAUUAUCAUCCAAAAAUGAAUCUCUUCAGUGGCCACGAUCAAACUGUUGUGGCGCUUCUUGCUGUUCUUAGUGACUAUGUUCCACAUGUUCCAAAAUUUUCAAGUAGUGUCAUGGUUGAACUGUUGCGUAGAAAUGAUAGUUAUUUUGUUAAGGCACGUUAUUAUCUUGGAAUUCCGCCGACUGUAGCUGAUUUAAAAAUACCUGGGUGUAAUGUUUUGUGUCCAUUCAAUGAAUUCAUGACGUUAAUGAAAAAUUUCAUAGCUUCUGAUGAAGAAAUGAAUUGUAAAAUAGAUGUAAAUAAAAAUACAAAAAUAGAACCCAGUAGUUCGAGAUUUCGAGCAAAGAUGUCCGAGAUGAAGUGGUCAGUUCUAAUGUUUAUUUCGAUCUUCUUUAAUAUUUCUGACGCGAAGUUGAUCCUGGUUCACGCAACAAUGCGUCAUGGAGAUCGAUAUCCUUCGGAGAUGGAUUAUGCUGUCAUUUUCUAUCCAAAUGAUCCAUAUAUCAAUUAUACAUGGGCACCUGCUGGACCAAUGAAACUGACAGAUAAAGGAAAGCGAAAUUCUUUAACAAUGGGUCAUUUUUUACAAGAAAGAUAUAAAGAAUUAAUCGAACCGAUUUAUGACAACGACUCUGUUUAUUUUCGCGCUCUUUUCGAAGAAAGAACGAUUAAUACUGCGCGUUUUGUUGCAGUAGGUAUGUUUCCGAAUUCUCACGGUAAUAUACAUUGGAACUCUAGUUUAGAAAAUAUAACAAUUACGAUUGACUCGGAAAAAAAAGAUAAAGAUUAUUUAUAUUAUACAAAAUAUAUGUGUGAAAAUUAUUUAAUCGAUAGAAAAAAUUCGGAUAUUCAAGUACAAAAGAUGUUUAGUAUUUUUUCUGAUGUAAAAAAAUUUUAUAAUUAUUUAUCGGAACAUACUGGAAUUACUCACUCAAAUGCUUAUCAAAGUUAUCUUCUUUACGGCCAAUUUGUUUCUGAGUCUAAUCUUGGCCUUGAGUUGGAGGAAUGGACAAAAUCAAUAUUUCCAAAUGGGAAACUUUUGGAGUUGAGCGCUGUUGAAUAUCUAUUACAAACGUGGACACCGCGUAUGAAACGACUUUUAGGUGGAAUUUGGAUAAGAAAUUUUUUGAACCGCGCUCAAGAUUUACUGAGCGGCAUAAAUAUCCAGAGAAAAGGAUACUUUUAUAUUUACAGCGAAUUUCAUGUGGCAGCGAUAUUAAACGCUUUAGAUAUUUAUGAGCCACACGUUCCGAGUUAUUUAAGUUCAGUGAUUUUUGAAUUGCAUGAAGUCGAUAAUAAAUAUUAUGUCAAGGUGGUUCAUAAAAAUGAAGAUAUAAUUAAAGAAGUUGUUAUCAAAGGUUGUGAAACUUUGCUUUGUCCGCUUGAUACCUUCAAAAUGGUCUUGAAGGAUGUUAUUCUUGAAGAUUUUCAACAAGAUUGUGGAAGAUAUGGAUAUUUUUCUAAUCUAUAGUAUGCUACAGAAAUAAAAGCUCUGUCAUUAGACGAGUAAUUCAUUUUAUAAUAACGAGCAAUGUAUAAUAACUUUGCUGUUUUUUCUUUAUUAUUAAAUUCUAAUUCAUAUUGUACUUUAAAAAUAAAAGGCAUUUUUUAUAUAACAUUGUAAAUGCUUAAAUAAAGAUUUUUUGUCAAUCCAAAAUAGUCUAAGCUUA